AUGAAUCCGCCAGCCUCUGGCUCCGGCGAUGGUGGAGAAGAUGCUGCUUCCGCAACACAGCGCUCGAGCUCAAUCAAUCAGAUGGCUUUCUGUCACGAGUGCGGCAUCGAAAUUCGCCCACUCAUGACACCUGAUCCCACUUGCCCGCGCUGUAAUGGUCAGUUUGUUGAGAUCAUCGACGAGAACUCAGCAGCUGACGGCAUGUCCUUCGCGCUCGAAACUGAUGAAGACGAUGAGAUACCUCUUCCUGGCCAUUUUGCCAGUCUCAGCUCCGUACAAGGUGGAGGACUUCUCAACCACUUGCUCACCGCUAUGGCUACUGGCAGGGCUGCCCAGAGAAGCCCCCACACGCCUGGCUCGUCAGAUUCGAAUCCAAGAACUGCAACUGCCGCAGACAGUCCCGGUCGCAAUCAGAGUCCAUAUACAACGACGAGAUCCGGCACGACAUCAUUUGGACCUUUUGGUCUUCAAUGGAAUGUUCAGUAUGGCUCCGGCGGCGGUGACCCCUACCAGCGAGCUGCUGAGCAACAAGCGGAACAAGACCAAAGACAACAGCAGAACAGCAACUUGCAAUCGCCACCGACUCUAUCCAACUUUCUGCGAUUUGCAUUUGGCGGAGCGGACUCCACCGACGACCCUGCCACACGCCCUGACACUUACUUCCACGAAGAUGGCAUGGGUGGGGCCGGCGGCGUUGCGGACGGCCGUCAUUUCAAUCACGACAACCGUGGCACGUUUCACCAGCCUGAUCGAAGCAAUGAUCCAUCUAGUCGAGACUCAGGCACUAACGCUGGUAGCCCGAACAACGAUCUUCCCCCAGAGCUGUCUGCCUUGCGCAACCUGUUCACCAGUCUGUUCGGUGAGCCUGGUGCUCAAGGCGGCUCUCUGCUCGACGUUCUUGCAGCGGGUGCCCAGGGCGGAGGACCGCGCGGCCAAUGGGGAGACUAUGUGCUUGGCCAGCAAGGGCUGGAUGACAUUAUCAGCCAGCUCAUGGAGCAAACGCAAGGGUCAACUGCUCCUCCACCUGCAACUGAGGACGUCAUCGAAAAGCUCGAGCGGUUCACGUUGGAAGACAAGCAAAGGAUUCAAAAGGCGCGUAACCAGGAUUGCCCGACGUGCAAAGAUGAUUUUCUGCCAUCAUCAGAGGCGAACAAGCAGGAUGGUAGUGGAGAGAAAGGCGAGGAUGCGGAUGAACAGCAGCAAGAUCUCAUCUCGAUGCCUUGCGGGCACAUUUUCCACGUCGAUUGCCUCGUGCCUUGGCUGAGGAUGCAUGGAACGUGCCCGGUCUGUAGGAUCAGCAUUGUCAAGCCCACGGAAGGUCAAGAGGAACAGUCAAGCAGCAACACUACAACACAGCAGCCUCAAGGCUCGUCUGGUGGCAACACUUCUGACGCUUCAGCAGCAAGAGCUACAGCGAUUCCAGGCGGUUGGCCGUCUCCACCCAAUCCGUUCGCCUCGUCAUUCAAUCACAAUAUGCACCAAGGCGUUCAAGUUCCACGCGACUCACCAGAAGUCUCAACCAUGACAAUUCAUCCGCAACCGGCGACGAGCACGACGGUCACCUCGACGACCUAUCCCGCGCAUGUUAUAGGUACGCCCAGUACGACAGGGGCAACAGGGCCGGCCGGCAUAGUCAUCAACAGCAUCAUGUCCAGUCCGCCCAUCGUAAGUGAUCGAGAAGAAUUUUUCGCAGAGCCUCCGUCGAUGGAUGAGUCGCAGCAACAGGCGCAUUCGGGUAUUCGAGAGGAUAUGCGCGAGACGUUGAGGCGGGCAGCUGAGGAUAGAGCGCGUAAUGCGGGUGCUCAAGCUGACGGAUCUACUGGUGGAGCUGGGCAGCGGCAACGGCAACGGCAACGGCAGCCGUGGUUGGAACCGGAUGAGCUGGACUGA